AUGGCAAACCAGUCUGCCGAAGACGAGGCUGUGAGAUGGAUACCAGUCAUAGUAUCCGUGCCCACAGGGCUCAGCAUCAUUAUUGGCACUUUGAAAUGGAUAUAUAAAGCACAGCACGAUUGGGCAGUGAGUAUCUACGGAUUGGCAGUUGAUAAAGAUAAGAUGGAUCCCCUCUUGCCCACGAUGUCCAAGAUCAUCAAACUUGGCGAGUAUGAGUUCAAUUCAUCCAUGUUUGAAUGGAUGUCACCCGUAUAUACAGAGAUAAGCUGGGUACCCCUUUAUGAGGAGGUCUUCAGAGAGCUCGAAUGGAAUUUGGAGAUACGGGGUCAUGGCGAGCAGUUUUGGGAGAAAUGUCCAUGCACGUACCAUCGUUUUUUGAGGUUUAUCAACGACGCUUGGCUGCAUAUCAAAAACAUUCUGAGAAGACAGCCGUCUCGGUUUCCACCGGUUAUACGCCAAGCCCUGAAAGAUGCAAAAAAGGAUAUCUCGAAGCAUAUCAAAGAGUACCAUAAUUGGAAACUUGAACAAAAACCGCGCAGAGAGUUUUUAGUAGAGGAAUGGCGGCAGAACGAAUGGUUACAGGGUGGGUUGGCUCAAAGUGAAAUAUCGCAGAGUGAAUUGCCACAGGGUGAAUUUGAGGAGGAUGAAUGGCCCCGGACCAGAUGGCUCAGUGUCAAUUGGAAGGGGGCCCCAAUAUCAUGGCGACCAAACAACUGGUCACAGAGCAAGGAGCUAAAUUACCGACAUUUCCAUUAUCCGAGGAUACUUCAAAACUGCGUCCUUCGCCUGGACGGCCCUCGAUGUUGGGAGCCUUUUCGUCCUGAGCGGCUCUUUAAGACUCAUGUACAGGACCUUGAUUUGCAAACCAUAGUGAUUUGCGACGGUGUUCCAGCAAUCCCUAUAUCCUCGAAAGAGCUGGGUUCAUUAUAAUUUAUGCUUGGGAUGCCUUUGCGCCUGAAGCGAGACAAAGACGGAACUGCAAUUUCACUAGAGGGU